AUUUCUAAAAAAAAAAAAAAAGAAUGAGAACAAGUUUGAAAGGCGAAAUGUGAUACUGCCCGAAGGCCGAAACCCUAAUUUCCAAUACCUCUGAAUCAACCUAAAUCCCCAAAUUUUCAAAUUCUUUCAGUCUAGUCUCUAUGACCGAUGAUGAUAAUGAUGGCGUUAGUUCGAUCCUAUAAGCAAUCAAACUCCAUUUGUAGGGCUUUGUUAUACUCAACAGAAACAAACAUACAACAAAACUUUAAGAGAAAUGAUGACAAUCUGUACAGGAGAAUUUCACCCGUCGGGGAUCCAAACGUUUCUGUGAUACCGAUACUCGAUCAGUGGGAGAAAGAAGGUAAAACCGUCAUAUACACUCAGCUUUUCCUCAUUAUCAAAACCCUCCGCAAGUUUAAUCGCUUCACCCACGCCCUCCAGUUGUCAGAAUGGAUGGCUAAUAGAAAAGGAAGCAAACUAACAGCGCCAAGUGCUGCAAUUCAUCUGGAUUUGUUGUCAAAAGCUCAAGGGGUAGAACAAGCAGAGCAAUAUUUCAACAGCCUUCCAGAAGAUGUCAAGAAGCUCCAAGUUUACAGUGCUCUUUUGAAUUGUUAUGCAGCCACAAAAUCAGUAGAAAAAGCCGAAGCUACUGCAGAGAAAAUGAAGCAAUCGGGUAUGAUGACAACGCUUUCUUACAACUCCAUGCUUAAUUUAUAUAAGAAAAUCGGCGAUUACGAAAAGCUUGACAAAAUCCAUCAAGAAAUGUUGAAAAUGGGUGUUUCUUGUGAUAAACCAACUUACUACAUUCGGUUAAGUGCAUACGCUCUUACUUCCGAUAUUGAAAAAAUGGAAAAAGUUCUUAAAAAUAUGGAAAGCAAUUCUAACCUUGGAAUUGAUUGGAAUGCUUAUGUUAUUGCAUCUGGUGGGUAUAUUAAAUCUGGGUUGCCGGAUAAAGCUUUUGAAACGCUGAAAAAAUCAGAGGAAUGUAUACAUGGAAACUCGAAAGGGGCAGCUUGGGAAAAUCUCAUUAGUACCUAUGCUUCUAUUGGUAAAAAAGACGAUGUUUACCGUAUAUGGAAUUUGUAUAAAACCUCAUGGAGUAAAGUAUACAAUCGUGGUUAUACUUCUAUCGUCAGGGCAUUAGUGAGAUUAGACGACAUUGACGGGGCAGAGAAAGUAUUGGCUGAAUGGGAAUCUCAAAAGUUAUCGUUUGACUUUAGGAUUCCUAAUAUGUUGAUUAAAGCUUAUUGCACCAAGGGUCUUUUGGUCAAAGCCGAAGCAUAUGUUGACCGACUUGUAGGUAUGGGGAAACAACCACCAGCAAGCACGUGGGUUUUGUUUGUGACUGCGUAUACGAAAGACAAGGAGAUGGAGAAAGCAGUGGAAAUGUUGAAGAAGUGUGUUGCUGCUGAAGAUAUGCACGGCUGCAAAUUGGAUCAAGAUGUUUUCACGGCAUGUGUCGAAUAUUUAAAAGAAAAUGGUGAUUUGAAGAUGGUAGAAGAGAUUGAGAAAGUUUUCAAGGAUAAGAUUCGUGUUCCACUGGUAUCUUUUGCAGAAUCUAAUGAUGAUGAAGUCGAAGAGUCAGAGUCAUCGCUGAUGAAAUGAUAACAGCUUCUGAAUUUUAGAUUUGUUAGUUGUUUAAUAAGGCCUUAUUUGUCAAUGCUUUUGUUUCUCCUGUUGUGGGGGCUGCUUUUGGAUAUACUCCCCACUAUGGUGGCUUUAACGAGGGGGAACAUACUAUGGAUUCGAUUUGAUGCAGAUUUUGCUCAAUUAGUUUGGGAUUUUGUGGCCCAAUGAAGUAGAUGUUCGAGGUUUAUUGUCUUUGCUAUUAAGGAUCUGUUUGAGGUUCACAAACACGCUAGGGGGUCUCGCAUCUGGAAGAAGGUAGUCUACUCUAUUGUACAAAUCUCAGUUUGGUGUAUUUGGAAGUGCGUAAACGAUAUGAUCUUCAACCGGGAAGAAGCAAAUUUAGUUGGCGUGAAAGAACAAGUUAAGCAUCUUGGUUUUAUUUGAGUAAGAAGCCGUGCUAAAUCACAAGCGGUCACGUGAGGGCAAUGGUGUAAUUUUAACUUAUCUUGUAUGGGUCAAGUUUUAGUGAUGUAUCCUUGUACUUUGGUGU